UUACUUAUUUAUAAGUCCUUCCGUCCAUAUGUUAAACUCCAUUCUCUCUCUCCCUCUCUAACAUAAUUUUAUAGAGAAUCAAAAGAUCUUCAGCUCAGUUUAGUAGAUUUAUGGAUAACCAUAGUAAUGCUCUUCUUGGCUGGCCUUACUACUCCCAUGGAAAGACUACAGAAGAAUUAAGACACUCUCUUAUGUGCACAAUACUAGAGCUAGAACAAACAAAAAUGUCUGCCCAUGAGGAAAUAAGGAACAGAGAUGAACAACUGAUCCAUCUCAAAGACUUCUUGACCAAAACCAUUAAAGAAAGAGACGAAGCUCUCGAGAAAUGUCAGCGUCUCAUAUUCGAUAACCUCUCGCUUCAACAACAGAAGCAUAUGACUCCUCCUUUAUCCGGAGCUUCAAGCAUUGAUGAUGAAACAUUACAGCCUCAACAACUAGCAUCCCACAAGAGCUUCUCCUCCUCGGAUUGCGAAGAGAGCUUCAUGUCACCCACUGAGCAUGUCAUAAACCCACAACCACCUCAGCUUGAAGAAGUCUCAGAAGCUGAGAUUAUGGAUCCACUGCUUCCAGACAAGCCACUGCCUGAAAAGGGUAAGCUUCUACAAGCUGUUAUAAAAGCAGGGCCUUUGCUUCAGACACUGCUCUUAGCCGGUCCAUUGCCUCAAUGGCGAUAUCCGCCACCGCCUCUCCAGACUUUUGAGAUCCCUCCAGUCACAGUCCAGUGCCCUAACGUCAACAAUGGGUGUGGAAAAUUCAACAGGAAGAGGGUAUUCUCAGAUGGGUCAUAUUCAGAAACUAAGUCUCAGAAAGUUCUUCUCCACUGACUGGAAGAUCAAAACAAGUCUGGCUACUGAUAUUUUACUUUUAAGUUGUAGUACUAAUAGUCAUCUGAUAUACCAUUUACAUAGGUCAGUUUCAAGAUUAACUCUCACUUAGGGUUCAAGUGGGAGUGAUUUUUGUACAUUAAGGCUUUUGGUUAUGCGCCAUUGUGGAGACAAAGUCUGAUCCAUUUAGAUUUAGAUUUAAACUACUGAAAAAGAAAAAAACUCCCCUGGUUUGACCUCCAAGUCAAUGGAGAGUUAAUGCUAUGUGAGAGAGUUUGCUAUCUUGUUUCUUUCUUUAGGGAUGCUUGCUGUGUUUUUUCUUUUGAGAGUUUUGUAUCUCAAAUCCAUUUUCAAACUCAUGUGUUUGGAUCCAUGAUGUGUUGAAUUAGGGUUUCUUUUCUUGUUUUUCUUAUGUUGAGGGUUUUUCCUACUGAUAUUAUGUAAUCGCUGAAGCUCAAGACUUUAGCUUCAUAAUGUAAUUUAUUUUUGUCUGCAGUAACUGGUAUUUGGUAAGUAAAGAAGUUGCUUGUCGCC